UUUCUACAGACACCGUGUAUGAAACAAUGGCCAGCUCGAUUCGCUUUUCACGGUUUGUCUUUUCUUAAGAAAAAACAUGAACAAAGGUUGGCUGGAGUUAGAAAGUGACCCUGGUCUCUUCACAUUACUUCUGGAAGACUUUGGUGUACAAGGUGUCCAGGUGGAAGAAAUCUAUGAUCUACAGAAACAGAUAGAAGGACCUGUUUAUGGUUUUAUCUUCCUCUUCCGCUGGAUUGAAGAGCGAAGAUGUCGACGCAAGACCAAUACAGAAGAGGAGUUUUUCCUGAUAGAUGAGAAAGCUGUCAAUAGCAUUUUCUUUGCCAAACAGGUGAUACCAAACUCUUGUGCCACUCAUGCCUUACUCAGUAUUCUUCUAAACAAUGACAAGGUCAGACAUGGUAAAACUCUCUCCAAACUAAAAGAAUUUACCAAGAACAUGAAUCCAGAAGAUAAAGGCCAUGCUAUCGGUAAUAUGCCAGAACUUGCUCGAGCCCACAACAGUCAUGCCAGACCAGAGCCCCGUCACCUCCCGGAGAAACAACAAGGUAUAUCAACUGUCCGAACCAUGGAAGCAUUCCAUUUUGUCAGCUAUGUACCUAUAAAUGGCCACCUCUUUGAACUGGAUGGUCUCAAGCCAUACCCCAUUGACCACGGACCGUGGCAAGAAAAUGAAGACUGGACUGAAAAAUUCCGUCGUGUCAUCUCUGAGAGACUUGGUACAGGUACCGGAGGGGAACCCUACCAUGACAUCUGGUUCAAUCUGAUGGCAGUCGUACCAGACAGGCGACAACUGUAUGAGAACAAACUGAUGACGCUGAAAAAGAACCGGCAGAUCAUCCUGGACACCUUACAACAGCUACUGGAUACAAAGAUGGUGAAAGUCAUGUCUCCAGUCCAUCAGAGCUCUGACAAAGGGAACGCAAACACAGAUUCCAAAUCUGCAGCUCAACAGAACCCUAACGCUGCUUCCAAACCAAAUUCCCAAACACAACCGAACGAGACCAAAGCCACCCCAGAAGACACUCCUAAUGCCACCUCCACUUCAGCGUCGUCCACUUCGGCCACCAGCACUGCUCCCGUUGUGACCACAAUCACUGCAAGGCUCCCGGCUGCUCUCGACAGUCAUAAUUACGCCAAGAGCCCCAUCCUGGAGGAGGUGAAACCAAUGGAAGAUAAAGAGACUGAAAAUAACUUAACAGAUCCUAACCCCCAACCUCCGUCAGCCACCCUCCAGCCCCCUCAGACCUUACCCCCACAUUCCGCCAAAGCUGACGUUACUAGACUUUCUGCAGAGAACCUACAACGGCACCAGUUACACACCGUUAAAGAAAGUAACGUCAAAAUACACAUCGCAGUCACUGACGACAGGGAAGGAGAGGUCACUCUGCCGAAAACUGUGUCCUCUACGGAUGUGACGAAACCUCUUAAAAUUGAAACCCGUUUUGGGGGCUCGUCUGGCCCCGGCAGUGAAAGCACUGACACUGCUUCCGAUUCAGGCAGUGUGAUCAAUUCGCCCCACAUUGUUCCUGUUGUUUCAACGUUAAACAGUUCUCUGACGUCCGAGGGGGACACAGCAGCCACACCGGGCAGACCCACCGACCCACACCAAGAGAAAGCAGUAAAGGACCCAGCGGGAUCGGUGAAAGAAGAGAAAAUGGAAUGUGACAGUCAGCCAAGCAAAGAGUCCUCGAGUACACGACCGGUGAAAGAAGAAAGUGCAUCACGAGCAAACCCCGUUAACCCCUCAGGCCAUCCCAGGUCAAGUACCAAACAACAUACAAGACAAGCCUUUACUCCAAAGGAUUUGUACGAUUUGAUGAAGAACGUGGAGAAAGAAAUAACAACCUGUGAGAACAACCUGAAGGAUGAGGUGGACAAACGAAACAAAUACAAGAUUGAUGACUGUCGCCGGACACACAGCUAUGACCAGUUCAUCUGUACUUUCCUGUCCUUCCUGGCCCAAGAGGGUCAUCUGGCCGAACUGGUGGAGCAACACAUGUUGACCAGUAAGAGACAAGGUGUGAGUGUUGGCCGGCUUAGCAAGCUACCGAGCAGUGGACCUGACCGACGCAAACGUGCUCGGACCAAACGUAGGAGAUGAGGAGAUAGUACUGUAUUGGCUGCACAAGGGAAAGUUUCAUGUCUUGUUGGUGGUGGUGGUCAGUAGUGGAGUGGUGGAGUGUCCUGCAGUUAUGACCAACAAUGAUGUCAGUGUGUUUGGUUGUCAUCUGGACAUGAACAUUAAGCAUCAUCAGCAUCAACAUCAUCAUCACUACAAGAACUACCACCACCACCAUCACCACCUUCAUCACCAUCAUCAUCAUAAUAAGCAGCAGCAUCACCACCACCACUACAAGAACCACCAUCACUAUCAUCAUCAUCGUCCUCAUCAUUAUCAUCAGUAACAAACAUUGCCACCGCCAUAUCCACCACCGCUUCCAUGCUCUUAUUUAUCUGCAUGUUUUUCUUGUUGUUGUUGUCGUCCUCAAUAUCAUGGAAUUUCAAAACUGAAAAUUAAAUUUUUCUACUUGUAUUUGA